AUGGUUGGUGGAUUACCAAAUUCAUCAUUAUGGAAUAUAGAAUAUGAUGAUUUAGUAUUUAAAGAUAUAAUUGGUAAAGGUAAUUUUGGAUGUGUGUAUAGAGGUAAUUAUUUGGGUGUUGAAGUUGCAAUUAAACAAAUUCCAUCAUUCGAUGAUCCCGAUUAUUGUAAAUAUACUGAAAGAGAAGUCAAAGCAUUAAGAUAUAUUAGACACCCAUUCGUUGUACACUUUUUUGGAGCAUGUAAACAUGAAAGUGGAUUUUAUUUAAUCACAGAAUUUAUAGAGGGACUUGACCUUAGAAGAUACUUGAAAUCAGUGCCUAAGCCACCUAAAUGGUUGUCUAGAGUUAAUAUAGCAUUGGGUGUUGCAAAAACAUUCUUAUUCCUUCACUCAAAGAAUUUACUUCAUAGAGAUUUAAAAUCAAAGAAUAUUUUAUUAGACAUAUCAAGAAACCAAAUUAAACUUUGUGAUUUUGGUUUCGCUAGAGUUGGUUCACAGUAUAGUAAUGGUAGUGAUAGCAGUAGUAGUGAAGAUGAAAGUGACUCAGAGUGUGUUAAUGGUGCUGCUGGUGGUGGUGGUGAUGAUGUUUAUAAAAACAAUGGUAAUGGUAAACCUGCAAACUAUAGACUUAGAAGAAUGUCGAUUUGUGGUACACCAAGUUUUAUGCCACCAGAGAUAUUGCUUCAACAAAAGUAUGAUUGGAGUGUUGAUGUCUUUAGUUUUGGUAUACUUUGUACAGAAUUAAUUACCCUUAAAAGACCUGGUAAAGAUUAUUGGGUUAGAAGUCAAAAUAAUGGUUUCGAUAUAAACAUUGAAGAAUUAAAUGUAAAUAUUCCUUCACCAAAUGAUUGUCCAAUUCAAUUCUAUGAUUUAGCUUUAAAAUGUUGUUCUUAUAAACAUACAAAUAGACCAAUGUUUUCAACAAUUGUAACUAUAUUAGAAUCAAUUAAAUUACAAUUAGAAUUAUUUGAAAAUCAACAACAACAACAACAAUUACAACAACAACAACAAUUACAACAACAACAACAGCAACAACAACAACAACAACAACAACAACAACAACAACUACAAUUACAACAACAACAAUCGUCAGAAUCAUCUUCAUCUUCAUCAUCUCAACCAUUAGUUAAUAAUAAUAAUAAUAACAGCAAUUGUAAUAAUAAUAACUUUAAUAAUAGUAGUAACAAUAAUAAUAGUAUAGCUAAUAAUGAUAGUAUUAGUAAUGUAUCUACUACAACAACAUCAAUACCCACUACAACAACAACAACAACGACAACAACAACAACAACAAACAAUAUAACAGCAAUUAAUGGUACAUCAAAUAAAUAUUUACAACCAUUAUCAAAGCACCAACAACAACAACAGCGAAAUCAAAAUUCAUCAAUUAUUGAUAACAAUAGUUUGAUUGGCUCAUCAAAUACUGAAUCAAUGAUUACAUCAUUUUCAAUUUCAACAUUUAAAGAAAGAAAAAAACAAUCAUUAAAUAAAUUAAUUAGAGCAAAUACAAUAAAUAUUUUAAUAGGUCAACAACAACAACAACAGCAACAACAACAGCAACAACAGCAACAGCAACAAGAUAACCAAUCAUCAUCUCAAAAUCAAUUAAUUGAAAGGGAGGGUGUAAUUAAACUAGAUACAACUAAAUACCCAAAUGGUUGGAAAGAAUUUGGUAUUGAUAAUAGUACAAAUAAAAUUUGGAUCAUUUAUCAAUCAAAUAUUAUUAAAAUUGGUAGUAAUAAUAACAAUAAUUUAAUUGAAAUGACAUGUGGUACAAUUAUAAAAUUAAAAAAACAUUCAAUUACAUUAAGUAUUGUAGAUUCAAAUUUAAUAAGUGGUGCAAAUAUUAUAAAUGUUAAAUCUUAUCUUAAAGAUUAUCCAUACGUUAAUAAACCAAUUAAAGUAAAUCAGCAGCAACAACAACAACAACAAAUUAUUACAAAUAAUUAUGAAUUAAAUUUAAUAAUUAAAUUACAAUCACGUAUUAGAGGUUGGUUAGUUAGAAGAAGAUAUAAAAUAUUUUUAUCAAAUUGGAAAUUAAAUAAUAGUAAUACAUCACAAUCAAAUAAAAACCAAUGGAUUAGAUUAUUUAAUCAAUUGAUAUCAAGUGAAUUAGAAUAUAAAAAACAAUUAGAUCAAGUGAUUAAAUCAUAUUUAUUACCUAUUCAAUCUAAAUUUAGAAUUAAUAAACCAUUAUUAAAUUAUAAAGAAAUUGGGUCAAUCUUUUCAAAUAUUGAAUCAUUAUCAGAGAUUCAUAAUGAAUUAUUAAAGAUCGUUAAUCAAAUUUCAAAAUCACCAUUUUUCAUUAUGAAUUUUGAAAAUGAAAAAGAUGAUAGAAGUAAUCAAAAUAAUACCUCGGCCACCACUGAUAUAUUUGGUGAUAGUAGUAUUCAAUUUACAAAUAUUUCAAUUAAUACAAAAGAUAGUAGUAAUCAAAUUAAUUCGAUCACUCAAUUCAUUGUAAAGAAUAUAUCACAAAUAAAGAAUCAAUAUGGUAUAUAUGCAUUUAAUUUCAAAUAUUCAACAAAUAUUUAUAAUUGGUGUAGAUUGAAUCCUGAUUUCUCAAUAUUUUGCGAUACUAUUAGAUCACAAUUAAAUCAACAAUUUCCAGAUCAAGAGAAUGAUUUAGCUUCAUUAUUAAGUUUACCAAUUAAUAAAAUUCAAAAGUAUUUAUUGGUAUUUGAAAAGUUGGCUCAAAUUACACCAAUAACUCAUUCAGAAUAUAAAGAUAUUAAAUCUGCUUUCACUCUAAUCAGAGAGACUAGUAACUAUAUUCAAUCACAAUUGGAAAUGUCUUUUGAACAUAGUCAUAUCAUGUCAAUCGAUAUUAUGCUUCAAAAGAAAGAUAAUCAAUCUUUAAUGCAAAGUGGUAGAUGGUUCAUUAGACAAGGUCAAUUCACUGAAUUAUCAAGUAAUAAACAAUAUUAUCUUUUCCUUUUAUCUGAUAUUUGUUUAAUUACAAAACCAAUUAAAUCAAAAUCUUCAAAAUAUAAUAAUAAUAAUAAUAUAAAUACAAAUAAUAAUAAUAAUAAUUUAACUUCUAGCGCAACACAAACAAAUAGUAAUAAAGAUCUUUCAACUUCAAUCAAUCAAUCAACAUCAAAUGCCAAUAGUGAUAAUAGUGGUAAUAAUAAUAAUAAUUUAAUUAAUUCAAAAUAUUAUUAUAGAUUAAAAACUAUAAUAAAUUUAAAAGAAGAAGUUUCAAUGAGAAUUAAUCCAGAUAUUUCAAAUGGUGUUUUAUUCAUUGGUCCUAAUAAAACCUAUAAAUGGUUAUUACCAAAUGAUGAAGAAGCAAAAGAUUGGGUAAAUGAUUUUGAAAGAACUACAAUUUUAAUAUAUAGAAAUAAUCCAAAUGGUGGUGGUAGUAAUAAUAAUAGUAUUGGUGGUGGUGGUGGUGGAAGAGGUGGUAGUGGUAAUAAUAGCAAUAAUGGUAGUAUUGAUUUAACGGAAAUCAAUCAAAUUCAUCAUAUAAAUAACCAAGCUAUACCAUUAUCUUCUUCAAAUAAUAAUAUUACAAAUAAUAAUAGUAUUAAUAACAAUAUUAUUAUGAAUAAUAAUAAUAAUAAUAAUAAAGAUACUGAAGGAAAAGGAUUCAUAAAAAGAUUUAGAUUAAGUUUUAGCGCUGGUACUAGUACCCCUGAAAGAAAAACUAGUUUGGUUAACAUGUCUCCUUCAACAACUUCUUCUUUAAAUAAUAUAGAUUCAAAUUAUAAUAAUAAUAAUAAUAAUGUUACAAAUACACCAAUUAAAUCUGUAACAUCAUCACCUUCAAUUCACUAUACACCAGUAAAUGAUAAUAAUCAACAACCUCAACUACCAUCACAACCCAAUGAAGAAUUUCAAUUUACUGUACCAACUACUCCAAGUGAUAAAAAGAAGAAAAGGGGUAGUUUUUCAAGUAAAUUAAAAAGAUUAAGUAUAACAUUUUCCAAAGAUUAA